GAGGACACUUUCACGGAGCACCGGAGCCCCGCACACCGCAGCCGGAGCACCGGAGCCCCGACGCACCGCAGCCGGAGCACCGGAGCCCCGCACACCGCAGCCGGAGCACCGGAGCACCGGAGCCGGACGCACCGCCACCGCCGCGCAGCGCAGCACCAGGAGCCGCCAGUUGACAAUCUGGAGAUCCACAUUCCUGGCUGUCCUUUCAUCACUGCUUCAAAGAAGACAACGUCACCUUACCGGUGAGUCUGCCCAGAACAGGAAAGAGCUGCUUUUUCAGCGAGAAGAUCUGCCAGAGAAAGACAGGCUGGUGGAGCAUCCUUCAUGAUGAAGAAAAGCAAGAGUGCCCAGGGGGUUACACCAGGGAAUGAGGACGCCGAGCCCGCUGCCUGGCAGAGCUCCACAGGGAACACCCUGGGCGUGGAGACGUGUAGAGUCCAGCGGCGCUUCUCUGGGAACCUGCAGUUGCCCCCGCUGUCGUGGCGACUGGCCGAGUCGGAGAGGGACAGAGGCCGGCCGGCCACGCCGGAGGACGACCCCGGGACCCAGACCAGGCCCACCAGCCUGGCCAUCGGCUCUCUGCCUCGCAUCGACAUCACGCAGGCCGACGCCGACAGCUUGGAGGUGGAGAAUGGAGCGUCUCUGUGCUGCAGUCCCUCAGACCUGCAGGCCUCCCCGGGCUCCAGCCUGGUCCUGCACCCAAACAUGGCCUACUACGGCCAGCGCCGGGAGUCCUUCCUGUACCGCUCAGACAGCGAGUACGACCUCUCACCAAAGUCCCUGUCCCGGAAUUCUUCCAUCGUCGGAGAAUUGCAUGGAGAGGACUUGAUUGUGACUCCAUUUGCCCAGGUUCUGGCAAGCCUCCGGACUGUUAGGAACAAUUUCACUACCUUGACAAAUGUGCAAUGUACAUCUAAUAAAAGAUCUCCUGCUGCAAACCAGCCGUACGGCACCAGAGUCUGUCUCUCAGAUGAGUCGUACCAGAAACUGGCCAUGGAGACCAUGGAGGAGCUGGACUGGUGUCUGGACCAGCUGGAGACCAUCCAGACCUACCGCUCCGUCAGCGACAUGGCCUCCAACAAGUUCAAGAGGAUGCUGAACCGGGAGCUGAGCCACCUGUCUGAGAUGAGCCGCUCAGGCAACCAAGUGUCCGAGUACAUCUCCAACACCUUCCUGGACAAGCAGAAUGAGCUGGAGCUGCCCUGCCCGGUGCAGAAGUCGAGGGAGAGGAAACGGAGGCAGGGCCAGACGCAGCCGCCGCCGCAGACGCAGCAGCAGCAGCAGCCGCAGGUCAGCAUGAUGACGCAGAUCAGCGGCGUGAGGAAGCUCAGCCACACGUCCAGCAUCUCUGCCGGCAGCGGAAAUCGCUUCGGGGUCAAGACGGACCAGGAGGAGCUGCUCUCCAAGGACCUGGAGGACAUCAACAAAUGGGGACUGAACAUUUUCAGAGUGGCUGAACAUUCGCACAACCGACCGCUCACGUGCAUCAUGUACUCCAUCUUCCAGGAGCGAGACCUCAUGAGGACGUUCAAGAUUCCCACGGACACCUUUGUGACGUUCAUGCUGACCCUGGAGAGCCACUACCACUCGGACGUGGCCUACCACAACAGCCUGCACGCCGCCGACGUGGCCCAGUCCACGCACAUCCUGCUGUCCACGCCCGCCCUGGACGCGGUCUUCACCGAUCUGGAGAUCUUGGCAGCCAUUUUCGCAGCAGCCAUCCACGACGUCGACCACCCCGGGGUGUCCAACCAGUUUCUCAUCAACACCAACUCGGAGCUGGCUCUGAUGUACAACGACGAGUCUGUGCUGGAGAACCACCACUUGGCCGUGGGAUUCAAGCUGCUGCAGGAAGACAACUGUGACAUUUUCCAAAACCUGACCAAGAAACAGCGGCAGACGCUCCGGAGGAUGGUCAUAGACAUGGUUCUGGCGACGGACAUGUCCAAACACAUGAGUCUCCUGGCUAACCUGAAAACCAUGGUGGAAACCAAGAAGGUGACCAGCUCUGGCGUGCUGCUGCUGGACAACUACACGGACCGGAUGCAGGUGCUGAGGAACAUGGUGCACUGUGCAGACCUGAGCAACCCCACCAAGCCCCUGGACCUGUACCGCCAGUGGACCGACAGGAUCAUGGACGAGUUCUUCCACCAGGGGGACCGAGAGCGGGAGAGGGGCAUGGAGAUCAGCCCCAUGUGUGACAAAAACACCGCCUCGGUGGAGAGAACUCAGGUGGGCUUCAUCGACUACAUCGUGCACCCUCUGUGGGAGACGUGGGCCGACCUGGUCCACCCCGACGCCCAGGACAUCCUGGACACGCUGGAGUUCAACAGGAACUGGUACCAGAGCAUGAUCCCCCAGAGCCCGUCUCCCCCCUUCUACAGCGACGGGGAGGGAGAGGGAGGCCCGCACGCCGACAGCGAGGGCGAGCCCGGAGAGAGCAAAUUCAACUUCAACCUGACCGUGGACCCCGACGACAGACAGAGCGGACUCAUAGAGAGCAGAGUGAUGGACCGAUGUGACUCCGGUCAGGACAGAGCAGACGUGAAGACGCACGACGUCUCCCCGGCGGAAACAUAGCUGAGUCGGUGGCGUCCUCGGAGAGCGGAAACCUCUCACGGAAUUGAUUUUAUUCGCAGUGGAGCAAUCCUGCAAACCCCGGCUCUUCGGAGCCGCCUGGAUGAAAGGGUCUGACUGAAUGUGGGGCACCCCUGCGGCUGAGGCCUGGAAACCCUGUGGCAGUUUGUUUUGCGCGCCCCUCGGAGGAGCUGGAAGAGCGAGUGCUCUGUUCUCGGAGGAAGGGACUGCAGAGGCGCGGCUGAAUCUGGGCCGUCGCACACCCACAGUCUGAAAUCAGCGGUACGAAUCCAUGAACUGAGAGAAAUCCACCUUCCAAACUUGCACUUCAGGACAAUUUUGUCUUCACGUGGAACAUUUGUAAUGUCUUGAGACUGGAGAGCACAUGGAGUCCAACCAAAACUACAGGUCUGCAAGUUACUCGGAACCAAGUAGUUUUUUUUGUGUUUUUUUUUUAAAAACACUUGUAUAAAAAUAACUGGUGUGCCUUUUUCCUUUUUUUUUAUGUGUUUUUAUAAUUUAUUGAACACAUUCAUGAAGCUGUAAAAUGUUUCUGAUUUUCUACAAAGCGACAUAGCUGUGUGUCACAGUCUUCCUGAUGUCCUGGCAAUAGUAUCAGCUCUCUCACUGACACGUGUCAAGAAUCGCUCCACUUCCCAGCACGACUUGCACUUUGUGGAACACUGUAAAGAAAUGAGGAGUAGCACGGAGAGCAGCUGCAGUCCUCCAACCAAACCAUCGCAACCAGUUAUUCCACAUGUAGAGGGAAUGCACAUGACGUCACAGAUGCAACUUCACAGCGGGUUACGCCCACUGAGUGGCAGCGUAAACUUUCAGUUUGAGCAACUUGAAAACAUCUAAAAUGGGAAAGAUCUGUUGUGUGAUCGACUGUACUCAUAGAUUUAGCAAGGAAUCGGAGUUAUCGUUUUACAGACUGCUGAAAAAUAAGCUUAAGAGAGACAAAUGUAUUGCUGAAAUUCACAGAAACAACUGGACUCCAGGCACCGAAACGUGGAUUUGUGGUUCCCAUUUUGUAUCAAGUAAUGUUGGAUUUUUGGGUAGCUACACUGCAAAAACUCAAAAUCUUAACAAGAAUAUUUGUAUUUUUUCUAGUUAAAAUGUCUCAUUUUUAGUCAAAAGAAAUCUCAUUACACUUAAAACAAGACUCAUCACUGGAAAAAACAACAAUUUUCACCUGUUUCAAGUAGAUUUUCACUUAAAAUAAGUAGAAAAAUCUGCCAGUGGAACAAGAUUUUUUUUCUUGUAAUAAGAAGAUAAAUCUUGUCCCACUGGCAGAUUUUUCUGCUUAUUUUAAGUGAAAAUUUACUUGAAACAGGUGAAAAUUGUCAAAAAACAAGUUAUAUAAUAUAAUGAGACAUUUUAACUAGAAAUAAGAUAAAUAUUCCUGGUAAGAUUUAGUUUUUGCAGUGUAACGUUAAACGGUCAAAUCAUAAAGUUCGGUGUCCUCAUCACUUUAAUUUCGCCAACAAAUCCUGCCUUGAAGUCGGACCAAGCGUCAAGACUUUUGUACGCCUUCAAGCUUUGCUUCGUGUAUAUGUACAUCUAAAUAUCAGGAAAACUGGAUUCGCGAAAUAUUAAUGUCCAUGGACCACUGGUUCUUGGGGUAACUGUACAGGUCACUGUAAAGUCCAACUGACUUUAAUUUAAGCCCAUAAUCGUCCGUUAUCCCGUCUUCUCCACUAGCUGCGGCUUUUUUGCCACUCAGUGAGAGUAAGGGGACGUAGUCCAGUGGGAAAGUGACGUCAAUGCAAACCCUCUAUUCCUUCAAAACUUCGAGAGAGAACCUCCAAAGAUGCUGUAAAGAAAGCACUUUGUGGAUUUCACUGCCGCUCGUCCACAGUGUGAUCAGGCACCUGAAGGGCCGUCGUGUCCUGCAGGUGAGGCUUCCAGGUCCAGGUCAGACCUGCGUCCUGACGUCUUCCCCGUUCCCCGCUCAAGGCCGACCACUCCAAACUCAUCAAAGGUUAAAGUUCAGACCCCGUAGCUGUUAGAAACGCCCCCCCCCCCCUCCGUGCUUCCUCACUCCAUCGGCUCACAGAGACACACCUGUCAUCCCCCCUGAAUGCGCUUUUACACCGCGACCCGUUUGUGCACAAAUAUACAUUUAACCCAGUUUUUACAAAGCAACAUGUUCGUGACGGAAUAUUUGUAUUUGCAUCUUUUUUUUUUUGAAUAUCGCAGCACCUUGAAUAUGUGGACGGUUCUGCAGCUGGUUGCAGAUCGGUUCCAGACUUCCUUAAAGGUACCACGGUGUAUGACACGGGGGGGUUUGGGGUCCAGAUACGACGCCCCCCCCCCGAGUGUGAGUGUGUGUGCGUGAGAGAGAGAGAGAGAGUGCGUAAGUGGUCACAGAGGUUGCACAGUCUUGUUGCACCCAGCUCUGUUGCGCUGACAGUGUAUUUAUUACCUUUUCCUUGUAAUAUGAUAAUAUUGACUGCUAAUAUCUCUGUAUAUUUGAUAUUAUUUAUACGCACUACAACACGUCAGUCACAGUUUGACCGAACUCGUCUCGUGGUUCGUCUGUAUUUCCUAAGAUAUUUUGCUAUAUAUCCCCUUAAGAGGAACAGAAGGAAUGUUAGACUUGAUAAUCCAGCCAGAAACGUUGGUGACGUGUCCACCGGGCUCUGAAUCUGUGUUCCUGGCGGAGGGUGGCGGAGGGCUGGACACUUACUGCAGUGUACGGUGACAGGUCACUGUACAGCUGUGGGAGGAUAGAAGUAUAUAGAAAACAUUGUUUCAAAUGUAUUUUUUCAGUGUUUUCUUCACAGUAUAUUGGUGUACAGUAUGUUGUGCUCAAGAAAAGUUUUCUAUCUGAUUAUUAAAAUAGAUACGU